CACAUCACGUGACCAUUUUUCUCCCGCGGUCCGUACGUUUCACAAUUGCCAACCAUCCCACACGCUCAAAAAAUAAAAUACUUCUAGCACUCAGGAAAAAAAAAAAAAACCGCCUGAGAGAAAGAGAGGAGGAGAGGAAUGGGGGAGAUCGCAGACAUGCCAGACACAACAAUGAAGAAGAAGAAAAAAGGAAGACCUUCUCUUUUAGAGCUUAAAAAACGCUCUCUCAAGCAGCAACAGCAACAACAAGAAAGCCCUAAUUACCUUGAAAACCCUAAUUCUCUCAAUUCCAAUCCCGUCCUUCCUAACCGUCGAUCCUCUCGCCGGAGCUCUAAUUCUUAUGCACCUGAAUGGAUUGAUGGAGACGACGACGAAGAAGACGAUGAAGACGAUGAGCGUAAAGAGAAGAAGCACAAGCUCUUGCGAGGAUUGAAUUCUCAAAAAAAUAACAACAAGAAUUCCAAUACGUUGCCUCCUUCAAACUCUGAUUCGAAUGCUGGUGGCGGUAAUCACGAGGAGGGAAUUAGGAGGCGCAAGAUCAGCGCCGUCCGUCUUGGAUCUGAUGAUUUGGAUGAAAAGGUUUUGAAAGGGACAGACACUCUUCAUGGGUCAUCGGUGGAGCCGGGUCCCACUACACCUUUGCCAGACAAAAAGUUGUUGGUCUUCAUUCUUGACAGACUUCAAAAGAAGGACACUUAUGGGGUUUUCUCUGAGCCAGUGGAUCCAGAAGAGCUUCCUGAUUACUUCGAGAUCGUUGAGAAUCCCAUGGAUUUUUCUACAGCGAGGAAAAAGUUAGAUGAGGGAGCCUACACCAACUUGGAACAGUUUGAGAAAGAUGUUCUUUUGAUAUGUUCAAAUGCAAUGCAAUACAACUCCGCCGAUACUAUUUACUAUCGACAGGCACGGGCCAUGCAAGAGAUUGCAAAGAAGGACUUUGAACAUCUUAGGCAAGAUAGUGAUGAUAGUGAACCACAACCCAAAGUUGUGAGGAGAGGGAGGCCACCUGGCACAGGCAAGCUGAAAAAUGCACUUGAGAGGUCGCCUGUUGAUCGUGUUGGUCCUGAAGCAUCCUCGGAUGCAACUCUUGCCACUGGAGGAGAUAAUAAUAGCUUGUCCAAUGGUUACAAUCUCAGAAGAAGUUCUUCAUACAAGUACCAGCCUGCUGAUUCAUUGGUCAGGGCCUCUCAUGGGUCCCACAACAACGAAAAUCAUUCUACCUGGUUAUCUGAAUGGGAAAAUGAAUUUCCAGCUUCUGUUGUGAAGGCCGUGAUAAAGUAUGGGAAGAAACCGAUUGUGCUAGACGAGAACAAGCGUGACACCUAUAAGCAUCCACUGGACUCCCAUGAGCCAUCUGUCUUGAUGACCUUUGAUGGAGAAUUAAAGCAACUCAUGGCGGUAGGUUUAAGCUCUGAGCAUGGUUAUGCAAGAAGUCUCGCUCGAUUUGCUGCUGAUCUCGGGCCUGUUGUCUGGAGAAUGGCUUCAAAGAAAAUUGAAAGUGUCUUGCCAACAGGAAUUGAGUUUGGCCCUGGGUGGGUAGGAGAAAAUAAAGCAAUGGAGAAGCAUAAGGUUUCAAACAGCCCCAUAUCUGAUAACCAUUUAAGCAGAUUUCAACCUGCAACUUCCUUGAGUAGAGAUGCGACAUGGACUAAAGAAGACAUGCUAGAAACUGUUGGUGGAUUAAAUUCUAAAAAUGAGUUAACUACACUGAACAGUGCUACUGGUGGGAUGAAAUCUUUGCCUACUGUCUCGAUUCAGCAGAAACCGAUGAUUCAUCCUGAUAUGAAUGGUUUCAGUGGAGGAUUUGGAUAUAAUUCUUCAUCUCAAAUAGGGAUGGCGCGGCCUGUGGCACCUACAGGAAAGUUCAGUUUGGAGAAGCUGCACCCUGCAGUGCCAUCCCAAAUGUUUGGUGCGGUUCCACCUAGUAACAGCACCUUCAUUUCAAUGCCUGGGAACAAUUUAAAUUCGAAUAAGGCUAUGCUGUCAGAAACUUCAGGUGGAUUAUUGCAGUCUGGAAUUUCUGCAGCUGUAGGGUCCAGCUCUGACUCUCAUACAUUACGCAAUGUGGGGUUUGGUGGGAAAUCAUCUUGGCAGGGAUUUUUACCCUAUCAUCAACAAGGUACUGUUCCAUUUCCACCAGACCUGAACGUUGGAUUCAUGGCACCUGGCUCACCUUCUUCCAGCGUGCCAAUUGGUUCACCACGGCAGCCAGAUUUAGUAUUGCAGCUCUGAGGUUGAACGGAUCCCUUGCCAUCUAAUCAAACAUGUUGAGUAAUGUAGGUAUUAGGUUUGAACAUUUUCCAGCAGAAAAGGAAUAAGAAAUUGAUAGAGGCAAGUCAUUUUUUAAUGGAGGGUGGCUUGCAACUCAUUACUGGAAUGAUUCAUAACAUCAAAUUGCGUAGGGGAAGAAUUUUGUACAGAUUAAUGUAUCAUUAUUUUUAGGCUUAAACCACAGUUUUAUACUAGUAGUAUGGAUCUCAAUUGAAUCCUUGAUUUUUAGAUAUUUUCAGGAUUCUCAUUGGAAGUGAUAGCACUGAUAUGUUAUGUUUUAGUUUAGUUUUUUAUUGUAUGAUGUAUAGUAAUGUUUAUGCGUCUCA